GUGCUGCUGGUGGUCCCUUACGUGGUGCUGGCGCGGCGGGCCUUCGUGGGGUCUGCACCCACGGCGGUGUGCAUCGCGAUGGGGGGCGUGCCUCCCGCGGCGGCCCGGCUGCUGUGGGCGUGGGGGGGCGACGCCGUGUGGUCGCUGCUGCACUCGGAGGUGGCCAGCCUGUGCGCCGGGGCGCUGAGCGCCGUCUGUGCGGCGGCGGUCUGCAGUCGCACGCUGGCGAGGGGCCCUCCCUAA